CGCGCGGAAAGGCGCGCCCUCCAGACGCAACCCCAGUAUGCAAAUAGGAGCAGCGGAAAGCGCUCCGAGCUACACUUGCGCGCGCGCGGACACGCGCUCGCUCGGGAUGUUCGCGGGAACGAGCAGCCGUUCUCCAGUGCGCCCGCUUCCAUGACCUGCGCUGCGGCGAGGGGGAAAAGGUGUGGUAGAGCUCGCCCGCCGUGCUGUGCCUGACCGCAGCCAGAGGGAGAGUUCAAGCGGAGGGGAAUGAGGACAAGGAGAGGACGCAGCAGCUGCAGCAGAAGACGACGACGGCGAGGAAGGCGCUGACGGACGGGGCUUGGAACGGCUGCGCGUUCGCGUUAUGGAGAUGAGUAGCAGCAACCUGCGCGCCCACUGUAAACCCGACAGCAGAAAGUGCGAUGGGCUUAAUGAUCGUAACGGAGGGGACAUGACGGAGAUUACAGUACCUCUGUCUCACCCGGGGAAGCGAAUUACUCCAAAUGAAGGGGACAAUCUUUACAGACUUCGAGACAGAAAGUUUCUGCUGGAGGACAAAAAGCGCUUAUGUGCGUGGGCACUGGGCACCGCGAUGGUGGGGAUUCUUCUCAUGGUAGUACACGCCGAACUGUGCCCCGUGCUGUAUCCACCGAGUUCCAGUUAUGCCUUCAUCAUUAAUGGGUUGAUCAGCCUAUCUACUGGCUGUUUGCUCAUCCUCAUUGUAGCCUUCCAUAUUAAGGACAUCCGGCUCUUCAUGAUUGACAACAACCAGGUUGAUUGGCGAAUUGCCAUGACCAGACAGCGAGUGCUGGUGAUUUCCUUGGAGCUUGUGGUCUGUGCCAUCCACCCUAUAGACGCCUACUGGUGGUCAGAAAUGGACACCUCCGACGUAGCCAAAAAUGAAGACAUCAGAAACAGCCAAGAGAUUAGGAGAAACAUCUCAUCCCCCCUGUGCUCCUCUGCCAGAUACAAAGAUGCUCUCCUGGACUCUGAGGUGCUGCUGUCCUCUUUGAUGUUCUUGCGCCUAUACCUGGUGCACAGAGCAAUCCUUCUGCACAGCAAGGUGCUCCUGAGUGCAUCCUAUAGGAGCAUUGGUUCACUCAACAACAUCAACUUCACUUUCCGCUUUGUGCUUAAAGUGCUGAUGAACAAAUAUCCUGGCCGCACCCUGCUCUUUUUCAUCCUCUUCUUCUGGUUGACAGCAUCAUGGCUACUCACACUGUGUGAGAGGCAAACCCAGGUUUCCACGGGCCGCAUGGACACUGCUCUUUGGCUUAUCGCUAUAACUUUCCUCACCGUGGGCUACGGAGAUGUGGCCCCUCAAACCGGCUGCGGGAAGGUCGUGUGUCUAUUUACUGGAGUUAUGGGAGUGGCUUGCACUGCCAUGCUGGUGGCCGUCAUGACGAAGAAGCUGGCGCUGAACAAAGGAGAAAAGCAUGUGCAUUAUUUCAUGAUGGACAUCCAGAUCUCCAAACGGAUCCGUCACGCUGCAGCUAAUGUGCUACGGGAGUGCUGGCUGCUGCACCGCACUGAUGUCGCCAAGAAGGACAGUAGCGAACAUCGGCGGCAGCAGAGACACCUGCUGGAGGCCAUCCGAGUAUUUCGGUAUCUGCGGCUGAAGCAGAGGAAACUCAGAGACUACGCUAAUGAAAUGGUGGAUCUUCCUAAGAUGCAGAUGAUAAUGUGUGACCUAAGUGCCAAUUGGAACAACUCAUAUCGUGAGCUUGAGCAGCGAAUCAUCUCCAUGGAGCAGAAGCUGGACGAGCUGGGACGUUGCUUCCACCAGACAUCUGAGAUGCUGGCACAGGCUAUGCAUCGCUACAGUGUUGACAGCAGGUGACCUGCACCUGUCCCCACUAAGCAGAAGAUCUUCAGUGGAUGCCUCAGCUACCCCUCAAAUUGAAGUUCAAAUUUGUCUUCAGGGACUGAAGUUCACUUAGCCCACCAAAACCAAUCAGUGAUCAUGAACUACCUUUAUUCUUCACAACACAAAAUGCUAUUCUUGUCCAUGUGAAUGAAUGAAAACAAAUAAGUAUUGCAACAAGAAAUGUCUUUCUUUUAAAGCGGAACUCCUAUCAUGAACUGAAAGUGUGGCUAUACCGUAUGUAUUUGUGUAGAUGUAAAAGUACUGCAGCAGCUCUUUAUGAGACUGACUUUUGGUGACAUUUUUCUUACCUGCUCAGUUCAGCACUCGAACUCCAUCACGUGCACACAUUUCAAGCUCUCAUUUUCUUUACGGGGCUGAAGGUAAUCACUAUUGCAAGGCAUGCAGAAUGGAAAGAGGUAGUGUUACAAACUGCCCAUUCAUUCCUAACAUUUAAAAUGAGAGGUACAGAACGUUAAAUUGAGCAGCCUGUGCUAUGACACAAAAAUGAUUCCCAGAGAGCAUCAAAUAUUACGCAGUGUCCUUCACAAUGUUGACAGAAUGUAUGCAAUAUAAAUAUUGUUUCAAUAAUUAUUUAUAUUUUUACCCUGGAAUCUUUUUCCACACCUAUAUAAUUUGCUUCCCAAAAUGUGACUAGGUUGUUCACAUUUCAAGCCAGUGAUUAAAUUUAUGCUGCUACCACAUAAGGUGCAUGUGGAAUAAUGACUCCCUCAUGUGGAGAAAUGUGAACAUAAUAUAACCUGAUUUUUCAGCCGAAAAGGGUAUUACACAAAGCAUUUCAUUUCUUAAAAUUCUGGAAUAAAAUUGGUUUCAUACAAGACAGCAUACUGUAACUGUAAAUUUUUAAAAAAGAUUUGGAAAACUCCAGCUGUUUUUAUCCCUCCAUAAAAAGUUUACAGUAACACAUUGGAAAAUGUUUCUGUUCAAAUAGUACAUUAGCAGUAAAACCAAGUCAAAAGUUGUUUUUUGUAUAGGUUCAGCUACAAAAGAACUCAAUACAUGCUUGUGUAGUACUUUUUCCACAGCUGUGCUGUUCCUUUCAACAAUGUUAAAACAAUGGUCAGUGACUAAGUCUGCAAAUCAAGUCCACUCAUUUGCAGGUAUUAACAGUUUUGCUUUGACUGGAUUUUUUUGCCCCCCCCUCAUGAAAACUGGACUUUAAAGGUAUUGCUUGUUGUAGGUAUAUACUAGUAUAAAUAUGGGUCUUUUUUAUUU